GUAGAUUUCUCAAUAUCCCAAGACAAGAGGAGAGUUCAACAAUGUUUCCACGACUCACACCACUUCUUCUUUGGACACUUACCGUCCUCUGUGCUGUUACUGCGAGCCCACAUGAAGCUCUAGUAGAUCUGGUUGUACGGAACAGCCCGGGCAAGACAGCUUCCAACACACUGCUGGCCAUCCGUCGAUAUCUCUCCAACGCGAGGCUCGAGGGAAGAGAAACUAAGUUCAGCAACAACUCUUCACUCGACACUGGAUUUGACAAUGCAAUCCUCUUCAAAUAUGAGCAAGAGGUAGAGGCUGGUGUCGCCAACGUCACAGCGAAUGCCGGCAUCGAGGUUGUAUGCACCAAGUGCUACAUCAAAGGCAAAGCCAUCGCUCACCUCACGAUUGAUGGCACCUUCAAUGCUACGAAGGUAGCAACUGAUAUUGGGAACGAAUUUGGAGAGACUUUUGACAAUAUCACAACAUACGCCCAGAACUAUGUCUCCGGCGUGGUGGAUAACUUGUCCGACGGCCUAGACGCCGAUGACUUUGACUUCCCGCCGUUGAACAUCACAUUUGACCUUGAAGUGCCUUCCUUUCCCGAAGCAAGCCUAGGUUUCGGAUUUGAGGACUUGGAGGUCUACAUGCAGUUGGACACUACUCUAUCCGCUGGCUUGUCGUACACGCUCAACCUUUACACGUCAACUACCCCUCUGGGCACAAAAAUUGGAGAUGACUUGCUUCUCGGCGUUGUCUUUUCCAUCGACCUCAUCUUGAGUGUCGAGAGCGAGCUCCAGAUGAGUAGCGGCUUCCACCUCCGUAUGGAUGACGAAGUCGGCUUUGACAUUGCCCUCUUUUCUAAGAACGUUUCCAGAGUCAACUUCAAGGGUGGCCAGUUCGAAUUCCUCCCCGUCAUCGUUGAAAGCGCAGGCGUAGAGCUCAAGGCCAUCCUCCGCGCAGGAUUCAGCGCAGGCAUUGAGAUCUCGUCCCCCGUCGAUAGCAAAGAGAUUGAGUUAUUCAACAACACCAUCGAAGUUCCAGGCGCCUCGGCCGGGAUCGAGGUCAGCGUCUUUGCAAAUAUUGCCGAGUUGAGCACCAAUGUCACCGUUCUGUCGACUCCGGACGAGGACGGCUGCAUUUUGCGAGCCGUCAACGCGUACCAAUUUGCGUUGGGCGCUGCUGCAGGUGCUUCGGUACAGAUCGGUGAUCGCAUUUGGGGUCCGGUGCCCAACACCCAGAUUCCGCUAUUCUACACCACGCUCGGGGAUGUCUGUGCUAGCUCGCGUGUCCCAUCCACAACAGUGGCGAGCGUCUCUGCCAGUGCAACGAGUAGAGCGAAGCGUCAAGAGGAGCUUACCACGACGACUCUGAGUAAGAAGGCGACGUAUACCGGUAUUGAAUGCCUGACUACAGGCUUGGUCAACUGCCCGCCGCAGCUCCAGACUCUGCGGAAGUUUGUCGCUACGGAGACAUUCAUCACAGCCGUCGCAUCGGGGGUCGAGGCUGUCUUCCCGGUGGCUACGCAGGCUGUUGUGCAGAACGUCAUCAACUUCGGAUCGAACGCGCAGUCGUUGAUCUCGACGAGUGGUGCCCCGAAAUCGUUCACCCCGACUCCGAGUGCAUCUGCUACCAGCACCGGCCCUCCUGGAGUCCUCAAGGGUGAGGUUGGCGGUGUUGAUAAGAAGAUCAUUGUCGGUGUCAGCAUCGGUGCCGGUGUAGUCGUGUUGGCUAUUGCGAUUGGUGCUUGCAUGUAA